AUGAUAACCAGGAGAGGAUACAAUUUCAAAGCGGAGGUGGAGCAGAAAUCCGGGAAGAAUUUCGGGACUUUCGAAGCCAUUGAAUUCAAGACUCAGCUUGUUGCCGGAACAAAUUACUUCAUUAAGACUCACAUAGGAGAUAAUCAGUAUGUACAUCUGCAGAUCUACAAGAAGCUCCCAUGUUACCAGGAGGAGAUGAGCCUCACCGCCUUCCAGGUGGGCAAGACCAGAGAGGACCACAUCGUCCACUUUGAACCCAGCGACUGACCAAUCCGGACGCAGCUCUCUGACGCCACUUUUACUUAUUAUUUAACGACAUAAUAAAUGCUAUAAAAUCA